UUAAAUAAUUGUUCUUCGUGGCUCUUCCACUCUUGUACACAAUGGAGUGCCUGCUUUAGGAAAUAGGAAGCUGAAUACGAUGCUAUUCUAAUUCCGUAUGAUCGGGGACAAUUCUUGUAAAAUUUCAAACUUCUAUGCUUGUCUGAAUGAUAGACAAAGUGUUUCUGUACAUCAAGUAAUACUCAGUUCGAGACGUUCUGCGGAUUUGAAGUGAUCUUGCUCUUCUGCAGAUUAGGACCGGAUGAAAGCUCCUGUCGCGCAAUUUUGAGUAUUUAUUCUGAUUUCUGGAUUCGGAGUCAGUUGGAUCUUCAUCGUCCUCCAGUAUCGACUGAAACCCUAACGAUUAAGGAGAUCCAUUUGAAGGAUCUCAGUACAGAUAAGAGAGAGGGAGAUUGUGUGUAAAUAUGGCAUCCUCGGCAACAGCUGGUAAUCCAAUCAAUAAGAUCGAGAGAGCACACCAGAUGUAUAGAGAGGGCAAGUAUGAGGAAGCACUGGGUUUUUACACAGAAGCGCUUUCUUUGGCCAAGACUAAGUCCCAAAAGAUUGCUCUCCACAGCAAUCGAGCUGCUUGUUUUCUUAAACUUCACCUUUUCAACAAGGCAGCAGAUGAAUGUACAUCAGUUCUUGAGCUUGAUCACAAACACACUGGAGCUCUGAUGUUGCGUGCUCAAACCCUAGUCACUCUCAAGGAGUAUCACUCAGCACUUUUUGAUGUCAACAGGCUUAUUGAAUUGAAUCCAUCAUCAGAAGUAUAUCAGAACCUUCAUGCUCGCUUGAAGACACAGCUGUCACUAGCUCCAAUACCUGAAGCUGAAGUAGAACUUGAAGAAGAUGAUGAGGAAGACGUUGCAGAGCUUGAAGAUGAUGAGGAAGAUGUUGCAGAGCUUGAAGAUGAUGAGGAAGAACAUACUAAUAGCAGUGAAUGUAACAAGGAUGAUGAAUUUCAAAAAGAAAUGCACAUGGUAGCAAGUGAAAAGAAAGUGGACUCUGGGAAGGUUACUCCCACAACUGAAGUUGCCACUCAAGUUCAGAACCUUGAGAAAUCACUUCAACAACAAUCUGCAGGAUGGCAAGCUAUCCCACAACCAAAAGGACACUCACGUCUUGACUACUCUCGGUGGGACAGGGUUGAAGAUGAGUCCAGCGAAGAAGAAGAAGAUGAUGAGGAAGAUGAACCUAAGCCUCAGUAUAGGUUCCGAGUCAAAACAGUUGGUGUGCGUGCUGUUAAAUGAGAAAACGAAAAUGUUGUUAAAACUGAUCCAAGCAUGCAAGUGCUGGUUCAUUUGUCCGUUAACCCGCUUCAUCAAAGGCAUGUCGCAUGUCACCCUCUUUUCUUCUACACUGUGUGAGCUCUCUGGUUGGCCACAUGGCUUUAGUCUUGUGGUCAGCAAGUAGGGCGCUGACUUCCAUGGAACCUGCUGAAACAGCUUGUGCAACUGUGCAGGCUCCAUAUUUGAAGUGAUCGAAGCAGACAAUUGUCCCUUGCCACUGGAAAUUGGUCUCUGAACUAUCGAGUCCAUCACUCCAUCCUUUGAGAUAUUGCCCAAAUGGACACAUAGGACAACUUACAGUCCUUUAUGCUGCUUGCUGAUUGUAUUCUUGUUCUGCCUUUGUCUCUAUAGUGAGUCCUAAGGGGAAUUCUUCAGCAUCUCCCUAGUCCCUACCAUGGGUGAACUUAGAAGUUGAAGUCGUCCAGUAGAAUUUAUGGCAAUUUUCUUACUCCAUUUUAUAUUUUUGUAAACCAAUAACAUCAUUCUGUCAUCUAUCCUCCAUUGCUCUACAUUCACUAUUUGGUUUAUUUAUUUGUAAUCUAUACAUAAAUCUCUUGUUUUUCUUGAGAAUUACAGUGAGCAAAUACAUGUAUUAGAUUCUAUUUGUUGGCAACAGUUGCUUGAAAAUUGAUGUUUCA